CAGAAAGUGAGGCUGGUGAUAUGGAUCUCAGUGGGUUGCCAGAGACAGCAGUGGAUUCUGAGGAUGAUGACGACGAAGAAGACAUUGAAAGGGCAUCAGAUCCUUUGAUGAGUAGGGAUAUUGUUAGAGACUGCUUGGAGAAAGACCCAAUAGACAGGACAGAUGAUGACAUUGAACAACUACUGGAAUUCAUGCAUCAAUUGCCUGCUUUUGCCAACAUGACAAUGUCAGUGAGGAGAGAGCUCUGUGCUGUAAUGGUGUUUGCAGUUGUGGAGAGAGCGGGAACUAUUGUACUAAACGAUGGGGAAGAGCUGGAUUCCUGGUCAGUCAUUUUGAAUGGCUCUGUGGAGGUGACGUACCCUGAUGGAAGAACAGAAAUACUCUGCAUGGGGAACAGUUUUGGUGUUUCCCCUACCAUGGAAAAAGAAUAUAUGAAAGGAGUGAUGAGAACCAAAGUGGAUGACUGCCAGUUUGUUUGCAUAGCCCAGCAAGAUUAUUGCCGCAUCCUCAAUCAAGUGGAAAAGAACAUGCAGAAGGUAGAAGAGGAAGGGGAGAUUGUGAUGGUGAAGGAGCACAGGGAGCUUGAUCGCACUGGAACAAGAAAAGGUCACAUUGUCAUCAAGGGAACAGCUGAAAGGUUAACAAUGCAUUUGGUGGAAGAGCACUCUGUGGUAGACCCAACAUUUAUAGAAGACUUCCUGUUGACAUAUCGGACCUUUCUUUCCAGCCCAAUGGAAGUGGGCAAGAAGUUGUUGGAGUGGUUCAAUGACCCCAGCCUCAGGGAUAAGGUUACACGGGUAGUAUUGUUGUGGGUGAACAAUCACUUCAAUGAUUUUGAAGGAGAUCCUGCUAUGACUCGAUUUCUGGAAGAAUUUGAGAACAAUUUGGAGAGGGAGAAAAUGGGUGGACAUUUGAGGCUGUUAAAUAUUGCUUGUGCUGCUAAAGCUAAACGAAGAUUGAUAACCUUAACAAAGCCAUCUCGAGAAGCCCCUUUGCCUUUUAUCUUGCUGGGAGGGUCAGAAAAGGGAUUUGGAAUCUUUGUUGACAGUGUAGAUUUUGGUAGUAAAGCUACAGAAGCAGGCUUGAAACGUGGAGACCAGAUACUGGAAGUGAACGGUCAAAACUUCGAAAACAUUCAGCUGUCAAAAGCCAUGGAAAUCCUUAGAAAUAACACUCAUUUGUCUAUCACUGUGAAAACCAAUUUAUUUGUUUUUAAAGAACUGUUAACACGGUUGUCAGAGGAAAAAAGAAAUGGUGCUCCCCACCUCCCUAAAAUUGGUGAUAUUAAAAAGGCGAGUCGUUAUUCCAUCCCAGACCUUGCUGUUGAUGUGGAGCAGGUAAUUGGAUUAGAAAAAGUAAAUAAGAAAAGUAAAGCCAACACAGUUGGGGGAAGAAAUAAAUUAAAGAAGAUACUUGACAAGACUCGAAUCAGUAUCCUGCCUCAGAAACCAUACAAUGACAUUGGAAUUGGCCAGUCUCAGGAUGACAGCAUUGUGGGACUGAGACAAACGAAGCACAUUCCUCCUGCUUUACCUGUCAGCGGAACCCUGUCAUCCAGUAAUCCUGAUCUACUGCAGUCUCAUCACCGCAUCUUAGACUUCAAUACUACUCCAGACUUACCAGAUCAAGUCCUGAGGGUUUUCAAGGCAGAUCAGCAAAGUCGCUACAUCAUGAUCAGUAAGGACACAACAGCAAAGGAAGUGGUCAUCCAGGCCAUUAGGGAAUUUGCUCUCACUGCAACCCCUGAUGCAUAUUCACUAUGUGAAGUCUCUGUCACACCUGAGGGUGUAAUCAAGCAAAGGAGGCUUCCUGAUCAGCUAUCCAAGCUUGCUGACAGGAUACAGUUGAGUGGCAGGUACUACCUGAAGAACAACAUGGAAACAGAAACUCUUUGUUCAGAUGAAGAUGCUCAAGAGUUACUAAGGGAAAGUCAAAUUUCCCUACUACAGCUCAGUACUGUUGAGGUGGCUACCCAACUCUCCAUGAGAAACUUUGAGCUCUUCCGUAAUAUUGAACCCACAGAAUACAUAGAUGACUUGUUUAAACUCAAAUCAAAAACAGGUUGCACUAAUCUAAAAAAAUUUGAAGAGGUGAUAAAUCAAGAAACAUUCUGGGUAGCUUCUGAGAUUCUGAGAGAAACGAACCAGCUGAAAAGGAUGAAGAUCAUUAAGCAUUUCAUUAAGAUAGCACUACACUGCAGAGAAUGCAAGAACUUCAACUCGAUGUUUGCCAUCAUUAGUGGUCUGAAUUUGGCACCGGUUGCAAGGCUCCGAACUACUUGGGAAAAGCUUCCAAGCAAGUAUGAAAAACUGUUUCAAGAUCUACAGGACUUGUUUGAUCCAUCUAGGAAUAUGGCAAAAUAUCGUAAUGUCCUUAACAGCCAAAACCUGCAGCCCCCUAUUAUCCCCCUGUUUCCUGUUAUCAAAAAAGACCUUACGUUCCUUCACGAAGGAAAUGAUUCAAAAGUGGAGGGCUUGGUCAAUUUUGAGAAGCUGAGAAUGAUUGCGAAGGAGAUACGCCAUGUUGGUCGCAUGGCAUCUGUGAAUAUGGAUCCCGCUUUAAUGUUUAGGACAAGGAAGAAGAAAUGGAGGAGUUUGGGGUCUCUCAGCCAGGGCAGUACAAAUGCAGCCGUGCUGGAUGUCGCGCAAACGGGGGGUCAUAAAAAGCGAGUCCGUCGCAGCUCCUUCCUUAAUGCUAAAAAACUAUAUGAAGAUGCUCAGAUGGCACGGAAAGUAAAGCAGUAUCUCUCAAACUUGGAUCUGGAAAUGGACGAAGAGAGCCUCCAGACCUUGUCUCUGCAGUGCGAGCCAGCCACCAACACACUGCCAAAGAAUACAGGAGACAAGCGAUCUGGAAAAUCCGAAACGUCACCGGUGGCUCCUCGGGCAGGCAUCCAGCAGAAAGUGCAGCAGCAGCAGCAGCAACAUAAAGUAAACCAAGCAUUGCAGGUCCCUGCCGUAUCUCUUUAUCCCUCUCGCAAGAAAGUGCCAGUCAAAGACCUACCACCAUUCGGCAUUAACUCCCCACAAGCUUUAAAGAAAAUUCUUUCAUUAUCUGAAGAAGGAAGUUUGGAUCGUCACAAGAAACAAUCUGAAGACACGGUCUCGAGUGCAUCUUCACAGCUGUCUUCUCCUCCCACUUCACCACAGAGCUCUCCAAGGAAAGGCUACACUUUGGCUCCUAGCGGCACGGUGGAUAACUUUUCAGAUUCUGGUCACAGCGAAAUUUCUUCCAGAUCUAGUAUUGUCAGCAAUUCCUCUUUUGACUCUAUGCCAGUCUCCCUGCAUGAGGAGAGGAGACAGAGACAUUCUGUCAGCAUCGUGGAGACAAAUCUUGGUGUGGGAAGGAUUGAUAGAAGAAUCAUGAUUGAACCAGAUCAAUACAGCUUAGGCUCCUAUGCACCGCUGUCGGAGACCAGAGGCCUGUACGCUGGAGCAACUGUGCUUUCUUCUCCUAGCACAGAAGAACUGUCGCAGGAUCAGGGGGACAGAGCUUCGCUUGAUGCAGCUGACAGUGGCCGUGGUAGCUGGACUUCUUGUUCCAGUGGUUCUCAUGACAACAUACAAACAAUCCAGCACCAGAGAAGCUGGGAGACUCUGCCUUUUGGACACGCUCAUUUCGAUAGUUCAGGCGAUGGGGCAGGACUGUGGGCCUCGGGCAGUCAUAUGGACCAGCUGAUGUUCCCUGAUCAUGGCACAAAGUAUGGCAGGCAAAGUCAAGGUAGGGAGGGUCUUGAUCAAGCACAGUCCAGAGCAAGCUGGGCGUCCUCAACAGGCUACUGGGGAGAGGACUCGGAAGGGGAUACAGGUACCAUAAAGCGGAGGGGUGGGAAGGAUGUUUCCAUUGAAGCUGAAACCAGUAGCAUAACGUCUGUACCAGCAGAGGAGUCAAAGCCAGCUCCCAUGCCCACGCACAUAGCAGUAUCAUCAAGCAGUACAAAGGGGCUUAUUGCGCGAAAAGAGGGUCGAUAUCGGGAACCACCUCCAACUCCUCCUGGUUAUGUAGGAAUACCUAUUGCUGAGUUUGCAGAAGGUGGUUCCCAUCCAACCAGAAAGCCUCCGGAUUACAACAUAGCACUUCAGAGGUCUAGAAUGGUGGCACGAACAUGUGAGACCCAUGGGACAUCAACUCCGCAGCAGCAGUCGCAUGGCCAUUCCACUAGCAGGCCUGUGAACAAACCUCAGUGGCAUAAACCAAAUGAGUCAGAUCCACGUCUUGCUCACUAUCCGCCUCAAGGGUUUUCCACAGAGGAAGAUGAAGAUGAACAAGUCUCUGCUGUCUAAGACUUGGGGCUUUUCUGGAUCCAGAGUGAGCCACCUUAAAGGAGAGCACAAGAAGACGUCCCUAGAAUAGGAGCCUUGGAACUAUAGUUAAAGGAUGGUGGACCUAUUUGCCUCCUUCCCUGCCUUAAAGCAGCAUGGGGCUUCUUCCUCCGCCCCUCCCCCUUCUGUCCCCUCUCCCCUUGCAUGUGAAAUACUGUGAAGAAAUCGCCCUGGCACUUUUCAAACUGUGUUGCUUGAAAUGCACAGUGCAGCAAUCUCCAAGCUACCACUGUCGCUGUCUGCCACAUCACACAGUAUCAUUCCAAAUUCCAAGAUCAUCACAUCAGGAUGAUUAACUCUGGCUGCACUUCCCAAUGCCUGGAAGGGUUUUUUUUAAAUCUUCCUUUUAGAUUUUAAUCGCAAUCCUAGCACUUAGUCUCAUUGGGAUAAUGAGAUAAGCUAGUUGUCAAAUUACAUUUGGCCUUUAACCUACAAAGAGAAAAAUGCAUUGAAAUCCUUCAAGGAGGCAGUGCUUAUUUGCUUGUUUACAAUGCCUUUGUUACAGUUUUCUGUGUUUGCAUUUCAGAGAUCAAAUACCGCAUCUGCAUAGUAAUUACAGUAUUGUUUCAUACCUGUGAGUAGGGUUGCCAGCCUGAGCUCCUGGAAAGAAUAUUGCUAUGGCAUGGCUGAGCAGGGCAGAAGGGAAGGCAGAGGUUACGGGAUGCAGCCUUUCCUUGACCGUCUGGCUUCACUCUUAACAUGCCCCACCCCGGAAUCUUCAAAUUUUUGUAAAUGUUAGCGUUAAUGGCAUCCUCAGCCGGGUCUAGUGUGAAUGCAGAAACGUGUGCUUGCAACUGGCCGGUGAUGGAAGAGGACACUGCGUCUCUCUUACCUGUGCCUUGCGGAAUACAGGAUGGCACAUGAGAAAUGAAAGUGUCCCUUUCUAAUGAGACAGACGGCAACCCCACCUUUAAGUUAUAU